CGUAGGUGCAGUCACUCUUUUGAACUUCUCAAUGUCUCCAACGAGCUUCCUCAUCCUAUUCGCUGACCAGGUGGCAAAAAAUGGACGAUUUUUGAAAGUCCCAGAUUUUGACCGGCUUCCCUGGUGGACGAGGCAGGAGAUCCUGGUGCUCAUACAGGGGAAGAGAGUCGUGGAGGCCGGUGCCGAAGAUCCGGAGGUGGAAACUUUGUUCGACAGCGGGAAAAAGUGCGGCGGCCGAGGAUGGGCUGUUUUCGAUUUUGAGCCGUGAGACUGGAUUUUCCAUAGAUGGCGGAAGCUUAGGGAGUUGCGGGCUGGAUCGUUCAGGUACGAAGGUCAGCGUUAUAUGCUCUACGCCUCGACACAACCAGAUAUUCAACCUAGACCGAGUUGUAUUUGCUUCUGAACAGAUCAAAGUUGCUCAGCAAACACUGACAUGCAGCUUUGAAAUCAGCAAAUAAAGAAUUGAAUGGAAUGAUGGAACUGUGAAGAUUCACGACAUCAAUUAGGGAGUUUGAUGCAUACAUAACUUGCAAGAUGAAAUGAUGGACCUGAUGGAUGUUAGUAACUAAAUUUGAGAAACUAUUGGUAGAAGCUAGUGUUCCUGAUGAGGAAGAGCUUAUGGGUGGUAAGCAAGCAUAGAUGUCCAAUUAGAUAUGCUGUUUAAUUUGAGGAUGAAAUCCAACCAUUUUAAUCAACAGUUUUAUAGGAACAUUGUUUUAAGAUUUUUUUUAACUUGGAGAAUACUGCAAGGAAUAAAUACUGCAUGUUUGU